GCCGCCUCACAUCAGCAUCCACAACCGAAUCCGCGCUCGCACAACUCCUUCUACAACUCCCCGACCUAUUCCCAACCCCCUUAAGCGCCGUUGACGCGUUCCCGUUACCGGCGGAGAUGAUGCGGGGUGUAAGUGAAGGUGGGAGUGAUGGUGGAGCGUGGCGGGGUGAUGAUGACGAUACGAAGCAAAUGGAUGAGGAGGAGUGGGUGGUGAAAGGGGAUACCAAUGAUAGAGGAGAAGAUGCGGGAGAGGAGGAGGAUGAGACGGCGGUCAACGAGCCUGUGGUGAAGAAGCGGCGGCCGCGGCAGAAGCCGAGAAGUAGGAAGGAGCCGGAACAUCGCACGCAUUUUUGUCCGCAUUGUCCAAUGGCGUUCUACCGCGCAGAACAUCUCGGCCGCCACCUCCGCAUCCACUCCGGCGAAAAACCGUACAAAUGCGACUUCUGCGGCCGCUGCUUCGGACGCAGCGACGAAGUUGCCCGACAUUCGAAAGUGCAUACCAAACGCAAGAAGCCCAAGAGCGGGGUCAGACGGCCACGGAAGAAGAAGAACUGUUUCGUUACGACUGACACGGACGUCAACG